ACUGGACUUCCGAACAGACAUGUCGACUCUAUUUAUUAUUCUGUGGAUGCUUCUACCAUUCUAUACGGAAUCUAUAGUAUUUCCAGGACAAGAUGAAGGUCCCCUGAUCGCCGUAACGGAUUUUAAAGCAUCCAAAAUGGACAUCUUUGACCCGUCUGGUGGAGUCAAUGCUACUGUCAUUGAAGAGAUAAAUUUAGAGUAUGGACAAGCAGGUGCUUGUGGCAUUGAGUUUAAUUACAGAAGGAAUAUGAUUUAUUGGACUGAUGUAUACGAUAAGAAAGUCUACAGUUUAAACUCUGGUGGUGGUGAUCAAGAACAGAAUAUUAUAUUGGAAGGUGAACUGAGUUCACCGCAAGGUCUGGCGUAUGAUUGGAUACAUAAUAAUUUAUACGUCAGUGACCUUGGACUAAAUAAGAUCUUGGUAAUUAAACCAGAAACUGGAGCCCGGAAAACUUUAUUAUAUGUAUAUGCAGUGGCCGAUUUGGAAUUGGAUCCUAGAACAGGUUGGUUAUAUUGGAUAGCUGGAUGGGAAGAUACAGCUAUGUUGAUGAAGUCAACAUUGGACGGGCAGAACCAAGUUGUAAUAUCUUCUGACUUAGACAGACCAAUGAGUUUAUCUUUAGAUUAUGAUGAACAGAAAUUAUAUUGGACUGAAAUAUAUCCUGUUAACCUUAUUAAAAGCAUUCGUGUCGAUGGAGAAGGUCAAACUAUAGUUCAUCAACCAAGCUCAAGUUAUCAUUUUUCACCAAUGUAUAUAACUGUAACAAUGGACUAUAUCUACUGGACCCAAGGCUCAACACAUAGAGUUCUCGGACGUUCGAAAAACAAUGGCGGACAACCUACCAGGUACAAAAACUUAGAAUCGCGUGGUGGGAGGAACAUUCAGGAAAAGCCAUUUUCGGGUAUUCUUGCUAUAGAUCCACGAAAACAGAGAGAAAGUCCAAGCCUCUGUGGCGAUAAUAAUGGUGGAUGUUCCCAUUUCUGUCUGCCAUCAUUGAUACAAUCUGUUACGUCAUAUAAAUGCGCAUGCCCAGAUGGAAUGAAUUUAAUGGAUGAUAACUCAACAUGCUCAGCUGAAGUAACCCAAAAACCGAAGUCGAAUUGGUUCGAUACCCUAUUUUCUUAGUUACAGAGAAAUCUCGAUUUAGCUUGAUACCUUAUUUUGUUAGUUACAAUAAAGCGACUGUAGUCCCAUGACUCGAUCCACUAUUUACAUAGCUACAAGGAAGUUUCCAUUUGACUUGAUACCCCAUUUCCUUAGCUACAAUAAAGCGACCUUACCCUCGAUA